GAAAGUGAGCCUGGUUUCCAGCUGAGUGCUUGCUCUCUCUCUCUCUCUCUCUCUGUGUGUUGUCAUUAUUAUCCAGUCUGCUCCCAGCUCAGAAUGGCCAGAUUCACUCAGACUGAAACAGAAAGGCAGCAGCAACCACAGCAGCCCCAUCCCGCUCACACCAGCCUGGUUUUCACUGGACCUGGGGCAACACCGAUCCAACAACCACUACUACUUAUCCCUCACCAGCACCAGUACUCUCAGAUCACAUUUCCUAAACCCAUGAACGGGUCAGAAUCCAUUUCAAUUCAUCCGGAGAGCGGCAACAUGAAAGACCAAGAUGCCAUAAAGCUGUUUAUCGGGCAGAUACCGCGGAACCUAGAGGAAAAAGACCUGAAACCUCUGUUUGAACAGUUUGGGAAAAUCCACGAACUGACUGUUCUGAAGGACCGAUACACCGGCAUGCACAAAGGCUGCGCGUUCCUCACCUACUGCGCCCGCGAGUCGGCCAUCAAAGCCCAGAACGCCCUCCAUGAACAGAAAACACUGCCAGGGAUGACUCGGCCCAUCCAGGUGAAGCCGGCUGACAGUGAGAGUCGUGGAGAAGACAGGAAGCUGUUUGUCGGGAUGCUAAACAAACAACAGACUGAGGAGGACGUGUACCGCCUCUUUGAGCCCUACGGAGUCAUCGAGGAGUGCACCGUCCUAAGAGGUCCCGACGGAAACAGCAAAGGCUGUGCCUUUGUAAAGUUCUCCACACAUGCUGAGGCCCAGUCUGCAAUCAGUGCCCUUCAUGGCAGCCAGACCAUGCCAAACGGCUCCGAUUCUCUCCCCCCCCAGGGCGCGUCCUCCAGCCUGGUGGUGAAGUUUGCCGACACCGACAAGGAGCGCACCAUCCGCCGCAUGCAGCAGAUGGUGGGCCAGUUUGGCAUCUUUAACCCAGCCAUCGCCCUUCCCUUCAGCACCUACAGUACCUACGCACAUGCAGCACUGCUGCAGCAUGACAAUGAGCUCAUGCAGCAGCAGGCAGCCAUCAUGGCAGCGAGCCACGGGGGCUACCUGACGCCCAGCAUGGCCUUCCCCGCCACCCAACUCCACCAGAUGGGGGCACUCAGCAUCAACGGCCUCCCACCCAACUCCAUGACCCCGGUGUCUGGGGAGUUCCACCAGGCACUGGCAGGUCUUAGCUCUCCACCAGCCAACAUCACCACUCCCAGCAUCGUCACUCCCAUCGUCAACGGCUUCACGGGCAUCCCCCACCAUCAGCCCAACGGACAUCCCGCCGUGGAGACCAUGUACAGCAACGGCCUGCCGUCCUAUUCCACCCAGAGCCCCACCGCCGCAGACACCCUCCAGCAAGCCUUCACUGGAGUACAGCAAUACACAGCUAUCUACCCAGCUGGCACACUGACUCCCAUAGGCCAGACACUGCCUCAGCCAUCACAGGUCAUCCAGCAGCAGCAACAGAGAGAAGGUGAGGGGCCCGAGGGCUGUAACCUGUUCAUCUACCACCUGCCACAGGAGUUUGGAGAUAAUGAACUCAUGCAGAUGUUUCUGCCUUUCGGGAGCGUCAUCUCCUCCAAGGUCUUCAUGGACCGAGCCACCAACCAGAGCAAAUGCUUCGGGUUUGUGAGCUUCGACAACCCAGCUAGCGCACAGGCAGCUAUUCAAGCCAUGAACGGCUUUCAGAUUGGAAUGAAGAGGUUGAAAGUCCAGUUAAAACGACCGAAGGAUGCCAGCCGCCCUUACUGACACAACCUAGCCCUCAGUGUUCACUGCAACAGCACAGGUUUUGAGGACAACUGAAGAUAUCUUGGAGUUCAACUUUUUUUCUUUGAAAACAAAAAUUAUGUUUAAAAAAAAUCCACACAAGGAAUUUUCGAAGACAUAUCAGCAUUUACUUAUGAAGAAGACGUAGGCUAUUGCAAUGAUGAAGAGAUUGAAGAAGGUGUGAAGGAGUUGGCAGCAGCUACACUGAAGGACUUCAACGCAACAAACGGCACAGUGCAAGAAAUACAAGAGAAGUUUAAAAAAAAAAACUGAAAAAAGAUGUGAAACUUUUCUUGUUGAGACUUGAAUUGUUAAUUAAGCAACAAACAAACAAAAAAGCAGCAACAACAAAUAGAUUUCUAUAUACGUAUUAUAUACACAUAUAUAUAAAGAAAGAGGCGCUUGUGGCUUUUACUAUACUGGAUAAAUGAGGGUUAACACUUGAAGAUCAAGAAAAACAGUGGAAAAAAAGAAGCUAUUCUGUCCUACUGAUGGACUUUCUUUCUCUUUCCCUCUUUCUCUUAUUCUCUCACCAUCUCUCAGCAAGCGCCAGACUAUGACUUUCUGGGGUCACUGAGGUUUCCAUUAGCUACAGUACAACUGAAAAUCUUUCACCCCUAAGGGACCAAAGGACCAAACAUUUUUAUUGCUCUCAACAGUAAUAUAAUAUAGUAUUAAUGAUACUAAUACUACAAACUACUACUAAUAAUGUUACAAGUUAAAACUUAAGAAGAAACUUACUAGCUUCAGGUUGGAGCAGGAAAAGGGGUUUUUCUUUUAUUUUCCUUUUACAUUUAUAGCUACUGGGUUUGAGAAUAUUAAAAAAUCUUUAAAAAAAUAAAAAAUAAAAAAAGUAUUUUAAAAGCUAUACUAUUUUAGUGGACGUAGAACAUGUGGAUUAGAGAUUGUUUUGGGCAUGUUCAGAUCUGCUGUUAGCAGUCAUCAUUCCAAAUCUGGACUCAUCAUCUUGGACAUAUCUCUCUAGUAACUUCUCUGUGUUGAAGGAACAAAGCAACUCUGAGUAGCUGCUCAUAAAGCGCCACACUGUAGUGCCAAAAGAUAUCCCGGAAAUUGUGUCAAACCAAACAUUCAAGACAUACAGUGUAUUGAACAAUAUUUUCAAUCUUCUGCUGUUUCUAGUCCCCCUGUCAGCGCACUGCGUUCCAUUGUGAUGUAUUGUCAUUGUAGACCCCCAUAUUUGUCAUUGCAGAAAAAGGCAUUCCGUGUCAGGAAAAAGCGAGGCAGCGUCAUUAAAGCACUGAUAAUACAGAUAAUCUGACCAUAAAGCACAGCUGUAAAAGUGCCACCCAGUAGUGUGGAUACGGAGCAGUAAAGAAGCUCAACAUCUUUAACUGGUUAAUAAAAUAUACAAAUUACCCUGACAAUGGUUAUAAAAUUGCCAACCAAGCGUUGCAGUGCCUACUGGGUCCUGCCCCCUACCGCUGCCAGCUUUCUCCAGCUGCUCUCUGC